GCGAAUUUUUGUGUUGUGUGUGAGAGCAUAGAAUAUUGAUCGGCAUGGGUGCGUUAAGAGUUUUAGUAGUCUUUUUAGCUUUUUUGUCAAGUUGUACGUCUGAUCCUCCCGAUAAAAAUGUGCAAUGUAACAUGAAAGUCAAUGUAAACCAAGCGAAAACCCAGUGUUCUACGUCGUCAAACACAGUUUUUGGUAUUCCAGUGGAAAGUCUGAUCUUAGGGGCUGCGCCGAUCGAGCUGAAGUCCGCCGACGAAGGUAGCUUGGCGUACCAACACUCAUAUAUUGACAACAUAGCUGGCCUAGGCCUAAGCUACAAAGAGAGCAGUUGUGCUCACUGCGAUUUCACAGGCACAACUGACAAUUAUUUGGGAAUAAUAUCAAUUGGAGAAAUUGUUCCACAAUGUGGUUUUGAUGAAGAUGUUGAAUAUGAAAUACCAGUUCUUUGUGCCAAGUCGGCUAAGAAAAUUAUCUACUCCGAAAUACCUACAGAAACUGACGACAAUGAACGGGAUGAUAAAGUGAUUAUAAAUGAAUCUAAAAUAGAGACAUAUGCAAACACUAUGGUUGAAAGAAAACUCAUUCCAUUUCAAUCAGAAGAUGAAAGCAUAAACAGAAGGCUAGCAUCUGGUGUUAUAUUAUUGAAUAUUGGUCAGCUCAACAAGGCGAUUAAACAAUUAACAGAACUUAUUGAUGAUCAUUCAGACUUAUUAAGUGCGUAUCAUGCCCGGGGUGCUGCCUAUGCCAAGAAAGGCAUACAGUAUCCACUAAAUGCUGAACUUGCAAUUCAAGAUUUUACAAAAGCAAUUGAAAUUGAUCCAGACGUGGCUGAGAGCUGGGAAAAGAGAGCAGAGGAAGCAAUUAAAGUAUUUGAGCAAACACUGAAACAGAAACCAGAGUUGGUUGAUUGUAUCAGAAGUUUAGCACAUGCCUACAGGGAGCUUGGUGAUUAUGAUUCUGCUCUGAAGCAGUUCAACAAGGCCUUAACGAUUGAUCCGAACCAUGUGCAAUCUCUCCAGCUUAGAGGAUCACUCCUGUAUCAUGGUGGUAAGCCCGCUGAAGCCCUUCCUGAUUUUAAGGCCUGCUUGGCCCUGGAGCCGUAUAAUGAGGUAUGCCAGUACAUGAAGGGGUUGUCCUAUGCAGCUAUAGGGCAGUAUUUUGAGGCUAUAAAAUCCAACACAAAGAUCAUGCUGCGACAGCAGAUUCAUCACCAUCAUGCAAUUUUCAGUAAUGAGUACAACAGAGUAAUUUAUUUGAGAGAGUACUCUAGGUAUGUACAUGCUCGCUUGGAUAGCCCAUUUCAAGACUAUAAUGCUGGUGUGGACUUAGAUCCUAUUUUUAAAGAUCGCUGGGUCAAAGGUAUCCCAUUUCAACAUUUCAACUAUGUGGAGCAGCCGGGUCUGUCCCCAGACAUAGAAGAUGUUGAAGAGAUCUCCUUUGAGGAACUUAGCGACGAUGCUCAGAAGUUAAUCUGUAAGGGAGCGAUGAUUGGUCCUCUUACCCAGUAUGAUGCCGACGGUUUCUUGCCAAAUAAACGGGUCCACUUAGCCAUGGGUCUUGCUGCAAUAGAUGUUGCACAGCACGUGAAACAGUUUUGGAAAAUGCCACGGACAUUCAAGAAUAUUUACGGAAAAAGAUUCAUGUGGCGAGAUUUAUUUGAUGUUGCUAUUAAAUGGAGGAGCCUUGGAAAACCAGAGGAAAAACUUAUCAGUGCGAUAGAAAAAGUUGACAGCUGCGAGCGGCUGUUGCAGGUGGUGAAGAAGAUAAAGAUGACCACUCCCCUUGGGCCUGGAUUCAUGGUAUCAACAAAAAUUGCAGCAUUUAAAGAUAGUAGUAAACGAUUAGAAGGAUCAAUUUUUGCGUUAACAGGAGAUGUAACUGGGAAUGUUCUCUUUUCGCUUGAUACGGCAACGACAAAGAAACGGACAGAACAGUACUAUGUAGAGUUAGAUUACAUUUGGCAGAGUUUGACGGAAGAAAUGAAAAAGGCUCAUGGUUCUCUAAAAGACUCAGAGCUUGAACGCAUCACAAACCUAAUUCUUUCACUGGCAUACUAUUUUUACAAUCUUAUGCCGUUAUCAAGAGGGAGUAGUGUUGUUGCAUAUACAGUAGCCAUUGGUUUGGUGUUAGCCAUUGGGAAAGAAGUAACUGGGAAGAUUCCUAAAGGAAAAGUUGUUGAUAUUGAAGCUAUCCUAGCUGGAACACCAGAAACAUUUGCAAGUCUUUCAAAAAGUUGGAUGAAUAUUCAAACGUUAGUAUUCUCUGCUCAUUACAUCCCUUGUCACUUGUGCGUUUCCUUUCUCUCUACAUAUAUACAUACAUACAUAUCAACUACCAUCAGAUCUUGAUCCAUUUUGGUGCAU